AUGUUUAGCCUUUUGCUGGCUUUCUUCAAUGCUUCUCUCGCUUCUGGAAGUUAUACCUGCGAUGUGACGCUGGGAAGAGCAAGAAAGUCGUGUGGCGAAGUUUGCAAGAAACAAUCGUUUCUCCAGUGCAAUGACGAUAUCAACGGUGACAGAAAUGCCCCAAAAGUUAGCGAGUGUCUCAUUUUUGAAUCAGCAGAAUUUCUCAGCGAUUGCGACGACCAACUGUCAGAGAUCGGGCUCGUUCUCGAGUUUCUACUUCCGUUCGCCAACUACAACUUGACAAUUACCAACUUGCACGAAAGUGCAAACGACAUUCAUUUCAUGUUUGAUAAGCUCGUCGUCUCAUUAGCAGAGCUAAAGACAAAAUCAUUCCAAUUCAACAAGUCUGCUGGUCCCGAAUUCGCCAUUUACUCCUCCAAAACCUUCGGCCUUAUAGAUAAGAAGCAACUUAAUUUCACUGUGAAAAUACAAUCCUCUUACGAAUCGUGCAACGACGAUUGUGAGCUGUGCUGCCAUUCGAACGGACACUGCUACGAUCUGGAUGAGCGAUGCGACGGCAGCUGGAACUGUCCAAACGGCGAGGACGAGUGGGAAUGCGACGAUAGAGGCGAACAACUCGUUUACUGCCCACGAAUUUCACAGGAAAUCAAGUCUCUCCCAAUUGCUGAACUAUGCGAUGGAAUCAAUGACUGUCCCAUGCCAAAAGAAGUACAGCAAAGCAUCGAUGAAACAGAGUGUACAGUUUGCCGUCAUGGGGCAUUUCUCUGCGUGGAGACUAAUUCGACUCUUGGACCAUAUUGCAUCGCUGAAGAUCGGCUUUGCGACGGAUAUCCUGACUGCAGUGAUGGCUCGGACGAGCUUUCCUGCCCUCUGGCAGAUGAAAGACAAGUUCUUACUGCGGCUAUAAUCGGAUCGCUUGGUUGCUGUGCGCUCUUUGUAAUUGCCCUUGGCUGUACUCGGAGAUUACUGUACGUCCAGUCGCUUUCAUCCUGCUCACGUGCGCGCAGAAGCCUCCAGCACUUGGCUAAUAUUCUCCAAGUUCGAGAGGCACCACCGACGUACGACGCUGCGAUGGGUUACGAAUCAACUGCUCAACGUCCAUCAAGAUCAAGGCCGUGGAGACUAACAAGAAACGGGCUCCGAAGAGAGAGUCGACGAGCACGGCGCCGGCGAAUCCAGGAUCAAGACAACGCGUCAAUCGAUCUACCAUCGGUGACAGAAGAGCAGCCAACAAUCAUUCAAAGGAGUCAAAGCUCGGAGUCGAUCGACUCUCCGCUAGGAGUUGAAAAUGGAACGAACAAUACAAGACCACGUGUUGCCCAGUUUCCUUCGCCAGGAGGAGAAUUAACUGAUAUCGUAUCACAAGAUCAAGGGCAAGAAUCAGUCCGCCUUCAAACGACAGGACCAGGGCCGAUGGGCGACCCAGACGAGGACGAGCGUCGUUCAAUUUCAUCUCAGCACUAG